AUGGGUUUGAACUCAAGGGACAUUAAACUUCAUUUGUUGAAAGUUUUUCAUCUUUCAAUUGAAAAAAGCUAUACUUUUAUGAAAAAGUAUCCAAAAAUUUCAGGUGCUAUGUUAGUCUUCCUCAUCAUGUAUAUAUUUCUUUCUUGUAUAUACAAUUUGUUGGUUUUCUUUUCUCCAUUUAUUGUGUUUACCGCAAUUUUGAUUACGAUUUUUUGGAGUUCUGAGCAACCACUUCUAAAAUGUGUUGAGAAAAAGGAAAGUGAAAAAAUAGUUGAAGCGAAAAAUCCACCUAAUGUUUACAUGAAAGAUAGACGCGGAAUGCUUUAUAAGUAUCCAUCACAAAAUGCAACGAGUAGAAGAAGAAAUUUCACGGGAAAGAAAUUGGAUGUGUAUGGUGAUUUAGAGCAAAAAGCUAAGAAUUUAUCAGCAGUGUUUCGAAACGAAUUCACUAAAAAGAACACGGAGAUUAGAUCAGGAGUAAGAUUUCUUGACAAAGAGAUGGACCCUUAUUUUGAUUCUAAGUCUACAUCAAGAAAAGUCGAUGAUCCUCUAAAACAAACAUUACAUGCCACCAAACCCUCAAUGGAUGACCUUGUUACUUGUAACGCAAGUUAUUAUGAUUGUCAAGAGAUGAACACAGAAAAAACGGAAGAGGAGAAAAAGGCAAUAGAGGAUAGUAGUAGUGGUAACAAUAAAGGUGCGGAACAUAAAGAGGAGGAUCAAAAAAAGCUAAUGGAUCUUGGGAUUUGUGAGAUGGAAAGAAACAAAAGGUUGGAGAGUCUUAUAGCUAGAAGAAGGGCAAGAAAGCAGUUGAAUUUGGAGAUUGAGAAUGGUUUACUUGAUAUGGAAUCAAUUUCACCAAGCCAAAUUUCACCAUUGCUUAUUGCAAGAAUGGACCCUUUUGAUUCUCCGAGAUAUUUCGAGGGUAUAGAAAUGCCAGGUUCCGCUCCAUCUGCUCUGAGAAGUCCGUUUGAUAUCCCUUAUGAACCAUUCGAGGAGAAACCGAAUCUCAAAGGGGACAUUUUGGAUCAUGAACUCACAAGUGACAUGCAUUUAGAACCUAAACAUGACCUUCUUCAAGUUAGAGAGCAUAGACAACCGGGUUCAAGAGUUCGAAGGGUUUCAGGUUUGUCGAAUCAUGAAGGUCCUGAAAAGUUAAACUCCUCAGAAGGAAGUGAAAGUAAAUUACAAGCUCCUAAUCUGUCAAAUGAAGGAGACGAAACCACACACGAGGGGAAAGGAAAAUGCAAAAUUGAUAUGGUAAGUGAGGAAGUAGAUGAUAAUGAUCCAACACUAACAAAUAUUGAAGGAGUUAUAGCUUCGGCUCCUAAUCCUCAAGACGAGUUUCUUGAUUUUCCGUUAUCUACUACUAAUGUUACUAAUAUAAAUGAUUCUUUGUAUGAAUCUCUUUCAACUCCUGUCUUUAAGAGCGACGAAAACAUGUUAGUUACAAAUGGACUAAUUCGUCAUAAGCAAUCAUUGUCCUUAGCUUCUGAUUUACAAGUUGAGUUUUCUGAAAUUGGUUCGCCAACGCUCACGGUCGACGAGGGUCAUGAAGACAUGUGGGGUGCAAAUGAAAGUAGUGAUCAUGAUAAUUUAGAGCCGAACAAUUGGAGGGACGUUGGUUCUUCGUCCUAUUCAUUACAAAAUAUUGAUGAAGAAAAUGAUGGUGAAUUGAGUUUUAUGUCUCCGAGAUCUGACACACGUGAUGAUACUCCAACUUAUAUAUCGCGCAGGGAUCAUAAUCUCUUUGGUAAUGCGAGAAAAAUUAGUGUGCCGCGAUAUUCUUCGGACGUGUUAGCGCGUUGGAAGCGGUUGAUGUGGUUGAUGGAUACUCGUGUUAAUCAGUCACCACAUAAAAUGCUUCCCGACAAAGUAGAGGUAUGUAACCAGACAGAUAACUUAACAAACAAGGAACAAAUUAGCAGUGAAGUGAAUGACUCAGAAGCCACUGAGCAAGACAAUACAAAUGACUUAAGGAGCAAUGAGGAGCCUGGUGCCUCGGUUACGCAAAAAGAAGCACCUAAUGACUUAAUAAACAAGGAACAAAUUAGUAAUGAUGAGAAUGACUCAGAAGCCAACGAGCACGACAACACAAAUGACGUAAUGAGCAAUGAGAAGCCUGGGGCAUCGGUUACGCAACAAGAAACACCUAAUGACAUAAUAAACAAGGAACAAAUUAGCAAUGAUGAGAAUGACUCAGAAGCCACUGAGCAAGACAAUACAGAUGACUUAAGGAGCAAUGAGGAGCCUGGUGCCUCGGUUACGCAACAAGAAGCACCUAAUGACUUAAUAAAUAAGGAACAAAUUAGCAAUGAUGAGAAUGACUCAGAAGCCAAUGAGCACGACAACACAAAUGACUUAAUGAGCAAUGAGAAGCCUGGGGCAUCGGUUACGCGACAAGAAGCACCUAAUGACUUAAUAAACAAGGAACAAAUUAGCAAUGAUGAGAAUGACUCAGAAGCCGAUGAGCACGACAACACAAAUGACUUAAGGAGCAAUGAGAAGCCUGGGGCAUCGGUUACGCAACAAGAAGCACCUAAUGACUUAAUAAACAAGGAACAAAUUAGCAAUGAUGAGAAUGACUCCGAAGCCGAUGAGCACGACAAGACAAAUGACUUAAUGAGCAAUGAGAAGCCUGGGGCAUCGGUUAUGCGACAAGAAGCACCUAAUGACUUAACACACAAGGAACAAAUUAGCAAUGAUGUGAAUGACUCAGAAGCCACUGAGCAAGACAGCAUAAAUGAAUUAAGGAGCAAUGAAGAGCCUGGUGCAUCGGUUACGCGACAAGAAGCACCUGAUGACUUAACACACAAGGAACAAAUUAGUAAUGAUGUGAAUGACUCAGAAGCCACUGAGCAAGACAGCAUAAAUGAAUUAAGGAGCAAUGAAGAGCCUGGUGCAUCGGUUACGCGACAAGAAGCACCUGAUGAAAUCUCAAUUAUCACAACUUCACCAUCAUCAUCACUAACAUCUGUAUUGCAGAUACCACAUACGACGGUCGCAGAUCAAGAGAUACACACAGGGAUUCAACCAUCUUAUAUAGAGGAUGUGACACAAGAAACAGUAAAUGGCGAAGGUUUACUCGAUUCAAUGUCUCAAAAUAUUCAGCUUUUUGUGGACGAUUCAAAUGUCGAAUCACAUAACCGUGACUUGGAUAAUUCUCAGGAGCAAUUGAUUUCUCCAAUGGUAGAAUCAUCCUCAGAAAUUCACAUAGAGAAUGAAGGAAAAUCUCAGGCAUCAUUGACAGAAGAGGCUAGCAUGAAACCUUUUAUCAAUUUUGAAACAGUAAACACAAAUUCUGCUGAAGAUUUUGAAGAUAAACAGGAUAGCUUGAAAGAAAAUGAAGCCGAAAAUCAUAGCUCGAACGAGGAUAACUAUUUACAAAGUGAGUCAAAUCAGGUGGUUAAUGAUCAUAUAGAUAAGGAACAGUUGGACAAAGGUAACGACAUCUCUGACGAUUCUUCGCUACCAAUGGUCACUGAAGAAACUAUUAAUGCUGAUGAUACAUUAAGAGAAUCUAGUAUGAUGAACAAUAAUGAAGCGAAUGACCGAGAAUUGGACGAAAAUAAUGAAACCGUGGUUUCAUCUGAACCAGCUGGAGAAACUGAUAAGGUUAGCAAUAUAGCACACAUGAAUGAUCCUUAA